UUCAUUCGCAUUCCCCGAUGUCUGCUUUUGAUUUCAACUCCUGCCAUAUUUCCGUCUACUCAUCUUUCCAUCCCCACCGCAGUGCUUCCUCGCUAUUGUACCCCCCCCCCCCCCGUCUGUCUCCUUCGUCCAUUCAUGGCGUGUGCGCUCCAAGAAUAGCGUGACGCUUCAUGGGCUGCUGGUGGUGGGAGGGGUGCUCACUCGAUGCGUCCCACUCACUCGGGGAGAUUAGGCUGCGGUAAUCUGGAUUCAGGAGAAAGAGAGAGACCGACAUCAGACAUGACUCCUCCCGUCCAAAGUUGCCUCCCGUGGGCGUCCCGCGACUCCCAACAACCUCGAAUCAUUUCUUGAUAUUUUCUACCUUGGCGACCUGGAAGGACACCCAACGACAAAACUUGGACAAUGUUUGAGAAAUCACUUUUACUCCAAGGCAGCUAGAGUUUAAAUGUGUUAGCGGGAGCCGGGAGGCGCGUGCACCAGCACAGGACUAAACUGUCGGCAGCGCGCACGGGCCGGACUCGUCAGGAUGGAGAUUCGGCCGGACAGGUUCAAGGCCGUGGCUGCCAAAACUCUGGGCAAAAUAUACGGAGCUCUCGAGAAGAAGCAGGAGAACGGCGAGACCAUCGAGCUGUCGGCCGAGGGUCGGCCGGAGCUGCUGGAGGAGAAGGAGAUGCCGGUGGUGGAUUGCACCUGCUUCGGCCUGCCCCGCCGCUACAUCAUCGCCAUCCUCUCCGGCAUCGGCUUCUGCAUCUCCUUCGGCAUCCGCUGCAACCUGGGCGUGGCCAUCGUCAGCAUGGUCAACAGCCACACCGUCUACAGGGACAACAAGGAGGUCAUAGUGAAAGCUCAGUUCGACUGGGAUCCAGAGACGGUGGGAAUGAUCCACGGCUCUUUCUUCUGGGGUUACAUCGUAACGCAAAUUCCCGGAGGCUUCAUCUGUCAAAAGUUUGCGGCAAACAGGGUGUUUGGCUUUGCCAUCGUGGCCACUUCUUUCCUCAACAUGCUCAUCCCGGCGGCGGCUCGCAUGCACUUUGGCUGCGUCAUCGUCGUCAGGGUGUUUCAAGGCCUUGUGGAGGGGGUGUCGUACCCGGCGUGUCACGGCAUUUGGGCCAAAUGGGCGCCCCCUCUGGAAAGAAGUCGCCUGGCGACGACGGCCUUUUGCGGUUCUUACGCGGGUGCCGUGAUCGCCAUGCCAUUGGCCGGAAUCCUGGUCCAGUACUCAGGAUGGUCCUCGGUCUUCUAUGUCUACGGAAGUUUUGGCAUCAUGUGGUACUGCUUCUGGGUCAUGGUGUCUUACGAAAGUCCCGCUGCCCAUCCCACCAUCACGGAGGAGGAGAGGAAAUACAUCGAAGAGAGCAUCGGCGAGUCCGCUCAACAUUCGGUGUCGAAAUUUAACACGCCGUGGCGGGCCUUCUUCACAUCCAUGCCGGUGUACGCCAUCAUCGUGGCAAACUUCUGCAGGAGCUGGACCUUCUACUUGCUCCUCAUCAGCCAGCCCGCCUACUUUGAGGAGGUGUUCGGCUUUGAGAUUAGCAAGGUGGGAAUCGUGUCGGCUCUCCCCCACCUCGUCAUGACCAUUAUUGUGCCAAUCGGAGGCCAGCUUGCCGACCACCUGCGCUCCAACCGCAUCAUGACCACCACCAAUGUCAGGAAACUCAUGAACUGUGGCGGCUUUGGCAUGGAGGCCACGCUUCUGCUGGUGGUGGGCUUCUCGCACACAAAGGGGGUGGCCAUCUCCUUCUUGGUUCUGGCUGUCGGAUUUUCGGGCUUUGCAAUCUCAGGUUUUAAUGUCAACCACUUGGACAUUGCACCACGCUACGCCAGUAUCCUCAUGGGCAUCUCCAACGGGGUGGGCACACUGUCUGGUAUGGUUUGCCCACUUAUAGUUGGUGCGAUGACAAAACAUAAGACCCGUGAAGAGUGGCAAGGUGUGUUUCUCAUCGCCUCUCUUGUUCAUUACGGAGGCGUCAUAUUUUACGGUAUCUUUGCAUCCGGCGAGAAGCAAGCCUGGGCCGAGCCGGAGCAGCUGAGCGAUGAGAAGUGCGGCAUCCUGGACGAGGACGAGCUGGCCAACGAGACAGAGGAGCUGUACCACACGAGCGGUAGCGCCGGCUACGGGGCCACCACCCACGGGGCCGACCCCAACGGGGGCGCGGGAGGUGGCUGGGUGUCGGACUGGGACAAAACGGAGGAGUACGUGCAGCCGGCCGGACGCAACAAUUACUUUUACGACGGUGAGGCGGAGCUGACAUAAAAAAACAAAAAAAGGCAUCAAACUGGGAAUGUUUACAGUAACUAGAGCAGCUUCACUUGGCGGCGGGUGGAACUUUCAAAUGGUUUCCAUUCCACGUGGAUCCGUUUUCUGUACAAGUCUGCCCGCAAAUAUUACUGCCUGGUGGACAUUAGUCAAUGUACGAUGUGUGUUUGUGUGUGGUUGCAUCGUGUCUUAGGCCUUAGAAGGCCUGUGUUUCUGUAACUAUUGUAGACAUUUCUAAUUGAACAAACAGGAGGGAAAUCUCAUCUGUAUGCCUCGAGCAAUAUAAAACCGCUCGGUUAUAUCAAUGAGAGGAUUUGGGGGGGGGGUUUGAAUAAUGGUUUUCGUUUUUACCUCCUUGUGCACAAUUUCAAGACAUCUUGUGCCAAUGAUAGCCAUGUGCUUUGCACGCUACUUUGAAGUUUACGAGUCGAGGAUUCUCAAACUGUUUUGAACCCCCUCAAACCCAAGUUUGGGGAACCUCUUGUUGAACUGACUGUUUUGAGGUGCAGGUUUUUAAUCUCAAUGAUGGAAAAUCACGAUGAUAGAACAGACCAGAAAAUAGUUUGCCACUUUCAAGGAACUCGAACACGGAAUUUGACUUUGUUCUUGUCCAAGCAGCAUUAAUAAUGCACGCUUUUCGUAUAUUAGAACACAUUUCAAAUAGCCAACGCAUGCAGCAUUACUUUGUGUCACCUUCCCUCCUCAAAUUAAGCAAGAAAUGAAUAGACAACAAAUCUGAUUGUAUGACAAAUGCUCUUUUAGGAGCUGUAAAAUGUAAAAAGGUUUUGAAAUCAAAUCUAUUCUGUUUGACAUUUGAGAAUCGUAUCUCUGUUUAACACUGACUGGAUUAUGAACUGUUAAAUGUUAUUUUUACCAUUUUA